ACAAUUACCUUUGACUAAAUUUGAAUCCAAAUAUUGGGAAUGGAUAUGUAUAUAGUAACCAAUCACUUCUGAUAGUUAUCUCAUAAUUCAAGUCUUAAGUACUUUUUCAUUACUGAUGGCAAAUCUAGUAUUCCUUUCUCUAUUACUAUUUCCCUUGCUUAUAUUAAGCUAUUUUCUUCUGAAAAUUUCCUACUCCAUCUUGAUAAAACCAAAAUUGCUGGAAAAGCGUUUGAAGCUGCAAGGAUUCAAAGGCACUCGUUACAAGCUGUUACUUGGAGACCUCAAAGAUGUUGGCAAUCAAAUGAAUGAGGCAUGGUCCAAGCCAAUUGGCUUAACCCAUGCUAUUGUGCCACGUGUUGAUCCCUUCACUCAUUAUAUGGUCCAAAAAUAUGGGAAGAUAUCUCUGAGUUGGCUUGGGGCGUCACCAAGAUUGAUCAUCAUGGAUCCAACACUGAUUAAAGAAGUGCUCUUAAACAAGCAAGGCCACUUUCAUUUACCACCAUUGAACCCUCUUGUGUUGAUUCUAACUAAAGGAUUGACAACUCUACAAGGUGAAAAAUGGGCUAUGCACAGAAAGAUAAUCAAUCCUGCUUUCCACUUGGACAAACUGAAGGGCAUGAUCCCAACACUAGCAGAAAGCUGUGCAUUUAUGAUAGAGAAGUGGAUGAAAUCAAUUAGUCCUGAAGGGACUUCAGAAAUAGAUAUCUGGCCUGAAUUUCAGGAUCUUACUGGUGAUAUUAUUUCAAGAACAGCAUUUGGAAGUAGCUAUGAAGAUGGAAAGAAAAUCCUAGAACUACAAAAAGAACUGCAACUACUUGUGAUAGAGGCUAUGGGAAUGUUAUAUAUUCCCGGCUUUAGAUUUGUUCCAACAAAGAAGAACCGAAGAAGAAAGUACCUGGACAGAAGGAUCACUUCAAUGCUUAAAACAAUUGUCGACACAAAGGAGAACAUGAUCAGAACAGGGCAAACCAGGGAAGAUGACCUACUUGGCCUGUUGCUGCAAUUUAACAAUGAGAACAAUUCACUAAAUAAUGUGAAUAAUAGUUAUCAGAUGACAAAGGAGGACAUAAUAGAAGAAUGCAAACAGUUUUACCUUGCCGGUCAUGAAACAACAUCAAGCUUGUUGACAUGGACUCUGAUUGUGUUGGCUAUUCACCAGGACUGGCAAGAAAAGGCAAGGCAAGAAGUUCUACAAGUUGUUAGGGACAAGAAUCCUGAUGCUGAAGCAAUAAGCCACCUCAAAACUGUAAGUAUGAUUCUUAAUGAAGUGCUCAGGCUAUAUCCGCCAGUGAUUGCUUUGUACAAACGCGCUUACAAAGAAUGUAGAAUAGGAGAUCUCUCUAUUCCAGCCGGGGUGGAUCUUACACUACCUAUAAUGCUAAUUAACCGCGAGACUGAGCUAUGGGGUGACGAUGCAGAAGAAUUUAAACCAGAGAGGUUCGCGGAAGGAAUUUCACAUGCUUGCAAAGAUCCAACACAGAUGGCAUUCAUGCCAUUUGGAUGGGGGCCAAGGACUUGUAUUGGCCAAAAUUUCUCCAUGAUAGAGGCAAAGGUUGCACUUUCGAUGAUACUAAAGCAGUUCUCCUUCAAGCUCUCACCAGCCUAUGCUCAUGCUCCUUAUACUGUUAUGACUCUUCAACCACAACAUGGAGCUCAGAUCAUGUUUCACCCACUUAACUAGUAUAAAUCGAGUUAAUUGUGUUGAAGGUUC